UAUUGUGGACUCAACCUUAAACAAUAUAAAAACAUUAGGUUAUUUCGGCAUUUUUGAUCAUAAGGUUUUUAAUCGAUCGUUCAUCGUUGUGAUAUUAUGAUGACGUUGAGGUUUAGUAAAAACACUUUUCAACUAUGAAUUAUUAGUUAUAUAUAUAAGUUGAUCGUUGAAACUUUUUUUGGAAAUUUUGGACCAGAUCUAUAAAAACUUCAAAAUGAAAGUCUUUUCUAACAAUUUGUUUAGUUUAAUUACAAUCUUCCUUUUUGUACCAUUUUGUACGGCAGAAGAUAUUUUGGGUUGUGGAGGAUUUAUAAAAAGUCAUACUGAUUUAGAUUUCACUCAAAUUCGUGUAAAAUUACUCACAAAAACAGGAAGUGUUAAAGAUCAUACAGAAGCAGCCCCUAAUAGUGGAUAUUACUUUUUACCUCUUUAUGAUAAAGGAGAAUAUGUGUUAAAGGUUGAACCACCUCCAGGUUGGAGUUUUGAACCUACAGAAGUUGAAUUAAAUGUUGAUGGAUCUACGGAUAUUUGUAGUCAGGGAAAAGAUAUAAAUUUUAUUUUCAAAGGAUUUGGAAUUACAGGCAGAGUAAUUAGUAAAGGUUCUGAUUCUGGUCCAAAAGGAGUAACAAUUUCAUUAUAUAAAGACAGUGAAAAAACAUCCCCUAUAAGUUCAACUAUCACUUCUCAAGAAGGAAAUUUCUAUUUUACUCCAGUUCAACCUGGAAAUUAUAUUUUAAAUGCCAGUCACCCACAGUGGAUUAUGGAAAAGAGUAUGAUAAAAGUUAUUGUUCAAGAAGGAAAUACAAAGCUUCCUGAUGAUAGUUUAAUAGUUUUUGGAUACGACGUCAGUGGAUUAGUUUUAAGUGACGAUGAACCUGUCAAUGGAGUAUCAUUUCUUCUUUUUGGGAAUGGUCAUGUGAAAAAUUGUGAAAAAGGGUUCACUAAAGAAUCGUCAUCUGCAAAUCCAUUGUGUUAUGUUAAUUCGGACGAAAAUGGAAAAUUCACUUUCCCUUCAGUCUCCCAUGGAGAGUACAAACUCGUACCUCAUUAUGCGGGAACGCGAACCAAAUUUGAUGUGCAGCCAUCUGAAGUACGAUUUAAAGUCAAUCAUGACAGUUUAAUAUUAUCUCAAAAUUUCAAAGUAACAGGAUUCACAGUUAGUGGCUUGGUAUUGGAUUCUGCUCAAGGCAAGCCGCUGGUUGGAGCCAAAGUUUUUCUCUCUGGAAAGGAAGUUGCUGUCACUGAUAAAACUGGAAAAUACAAAGUCGACAAUAUUAAGUCGGGGAAAUAUCUUUUAAAAGCCGAAAGUCAAAAUGUACAAUUUGAAGAAAAGCUUGUCAAAGUUUCUCCAAGCUCUUCUGAAAUGCCUGUGAUAAACCCGUCAACUUAUAAAGUCUGUGGAAAAGUAACUUUAUCUGCAAAAAAUGUACUUCACUAUCGUAAGGUUUUAAUUAAAAGUGCUGCUUUACAUUUCUUUACUGAAGUUGAAGUUGAUUCCAGCAGUGGGGACUUUUGUGUUUUUCUCGCACCUUCCAAAUAUCAAUUGAACGUGAUUGUUACUGAAGAAGAGACCAAUAAAGGUUUACAAUUUUUCCCUUUGCAACAAACAAUCACCGUGUCUUCAAAGUCUCUUGACAACAUUAAUUUCCUGCAAUUGAAAGCAACUUUGAAAGGCCAAGUCAAGUGUCUAGAUAGUACAGAUUGCAGUCAGGCAUCUAUUACUUUAAAAGUCGUCGAUGGUGUAACUGUAAAAACUGUGCAAAUCAAAGAUGGAACUUACGAAUUCUCUGAUGUACUGCCGGGGCAAUACGAAGUUCUAAUCGACACUGAUAUUUUCUGCUGGGAAAAUUCCACUCACAAGAUUAUGGUCACCUCGGAACAAGCAGAAAUUAGUCUUUUCCGACAAACGGGAUUUUCCGUCACAUUCAUUUCGUCUCACGAUACUGACAUUGAAUAUUCAAUCCCUGAAGAAACUGCCAAACGAAUGUUAACAUUAACCAAAGGAAGUUCGAGACAUUGUGUACCGAAAACUGGUGGAUAUGAAUUCAUGCCAAAGAGUUGUCAUACUUUUACAAAAGCAUCAUAUAAAUGGGAUACGAAAAAUAGAAUGCCCAUAAUUCUCACAUCGGCUAAACACAAGCACAGUGGAAGUAUUGUCAGUUCAGUUGCUUCAAAGGAAAUUAGAGUGGGAAUUGAAAAUGAUGUUGGAGAUCCUCUUAUACUUGGGCCUUUACAAUCAAUUAAAGAAAAUAACGCAUAUAAAUACACCUUUGAAUUUGACGCUACUGCUGAUCAUUCAUAUGUCAUUGUUCCGAAUUCUGAGGUUAUGUUAUUCAGUCCUCCUUCGUUGAGAAUUUUAGGAGAAAAUGACUGUAAUAAUAAUGUUGCUUCAUUUAGUGGUGAAUUGGGAAAGAUUGUAAGUGGUUCAAUUGUACCUAAACUAGAAGGAGUAAUAAUAAAUAUUUUUGGAAAAGAUAAACAAGUUCCUAUUCAUACUUUAGUUACUGAAAAUGAUGGAAAAUACAAAAUUGGUCCGCUUAAUGGUGACAUAGACUACAGCGUAACUGCCACAAUGGAAGGAUAUGUUAUAACCGGUCCUAAUGAAAAUGGAGUAUUUUCAGCUCACAAAUUAGCAGAGAUUGAUGUGGAAGUGUUUGACGAAUUAGAUAAAAAAGCUUUACAGGGUGUUCUCUUGUCAUUGUCAGGAGAUCAAAGUUACAGGAAGAAUAGCAUUACAAAUGAAAAUGGUCAAAUGACAUUUAAAUCUCUGUCUCCUGGGGAAUAUUAUCUUCGACCUAUGAUGAAGGAGUACAAAUUUAAUCCUACAUCAAAAGUAAUCACUGUUGAAGAAGGCUUGACGGUUAAAGUGAAACUCUCAGGAAAUCGAGUCGCUUUCAGUGCUUAUGGAGCUGUCACUUCAUUAAAUGGAGAACCAGAAGCGGGUCUUUUCGUUGAGGCUCAAGGUCAGUCGGAUUGCUCGAAUUUCUUGGAAGAAUCAACAACGGAGGAUAACGGGAAAUUUCGCAUUAGAGGCCUCCAACCUUCGUGUAUAUACGCUAUUCGUUUGAAGCAGGGAGUCGAAGCUAACGCUAAUAUUCAACGAGUGUUACCAAGUUCAAUAGCCGUUCAAGCCACUGAAGACGUUCAUAAUCUUAGAUUAAUUGCCUUUCAUCCAAUAUCAAGAACUGAUAUUUCCGUAUAUGUCGUUUCCUCUCAGCCCGAUCACUAUCGAUCUUUAAGAGUAAAACUCUGCAGAGAAGAUAUGCCCGAUUCUCCAAUUCAUGUGUUGAAAAUUGAUGGCAAUCAAAAAAUCAACAACAAUCACAAUGCAGGAUUCUUGAUACAUUUCCCCCCCUUGCAAUCGGAUAAUAAACGAUAUUUCGUUCAACUGGAAUCUUCUUUGUCCAAAUACUCACACAAGUAUACAACUACUCCUAUUUAUUUUGAGGCAAACACAUCUUUCAAGCAUGUGAAAUUGAGAUUCGAUGGAGAAAGAAAGAGCGAUCAAGGGGAUAUUAAUCAAUCGUCGGUUAUUGCGCUUCCUUUUAUUAUUCUGGUUGCACUUGCAUUUCUAAAUAGAGAAAAAUUGUGGAGCUGGUUGAAUAAUAUCACUGAGAAAUGGUCAAAGCAUGUUCCAGCCUCUAGAACUCAAGUGCAAGCAAUUCCCAUUGAUCCAAGAGCUGACGAUAUAAUCGUCGAACAAAUAAUGAAUAUUAAUAAACGAAAAAUUAAAGUUCGAAAGACUUGAAUCAUUCAUUUCUAAAAUAUGUACAUAUAUAAUUGUAAUUUUUAAAAUUUAAUUAAUAAAAAUAUAUAAAAAUAAUUUA